AUGGCUGCGAUAUCAGGCGGAGGCGCCGUGGUGCGCCAGGGCCACCUUCGGAAAUUGAAGACCAUGAAAAAGAAAUAUUUUGUGCUACGAGCUGAAGCUGCAGACUGUUCCGCUCGCUUAGAGUAUUAUGAGUCGGAGAAGAAGUUCCGGUCUGGAGCUGUACCACGCCGAGUUCUUCCUUUGAAGAGCUGCUAUAACAUAAUGAGAAGAUUGGAUCUAAAACAGAAGCAUGUAAUUGCUCUGUUUACAAAAGAGGAGCAACUGUGUAUUGUUGCAGAGAAUGAGCAGGACCUUCAUACUUGGCUGACUGCUAUCCUUAAACUACACCGCUCAGACGAUGCCAGUGAUGAAUUGUUGCAUCCCAUACAACACGUAUGGCAAGUGAACGUACAGAAGAAAGGCCUAGGCGCGUCAAAGAACAUCCAGGGUCUGUACAACCUUUGUCUUACGGACAAGACCCUAACUCUAGUCAAGAUUAAAAGCCACAACAAUAUCAUCAGCGAUCUUGGCAUACCGGAGCGGGUGGAGUACUCCUUGAAAAAUAUCAGAAGAUGCGGUGAUUCAGAGUGCUUCUUCUAUAUGGAGGUGGGGCGUCAGACAGCGACGGGUGCAGGAGAGCUGUGGAUGCACUCCGAUGACUCGAACAUCGCGCAGAGCAUGCACUCCACGAUAUACCAUGCAAUGAGAAACUGUGCAAAAGAGUCUGAAAACGAAAGGGAUCACAUAAUUUUGGGCAAAACUUCACUACUAGACGGAACAAACCCACUACCUGCUAGGCGGCAAACCUACUCCGAUGGACGAGGCCGAGCCGGGUUAUACAACGCCGAAAACCAACCGCCGAAUAACCCACUAAUCGACAAGCCCGGGGACAACCCGGGCCGCCUCAUAAAACACCAUAGAACCGUGUCCUUACCGACCGGCUGCCCCUUAUUCCAAGAACCUCUGAGGAUAGGUCACGAAAGGACGCAUUCCGCCCCCUUAACCGGGGAUGAAGUAGAUCGGGCGAUGCUUGAGAAGGCGGCGAUGCACUCGUCGUGCAAAGCCGUCAAUGGAACGGAUAUGUUCACGCCGAAGAAACAAUUCUGUCGGCGGGCGAGUACCGGCACAAGGAACUGGAAAACGCAGUCUGGUAACGCGAAGAACGCGAGCACGGUACGCAACCGCUGCGACAGUAUGCCGUCGCGAGCUUGUGCUUCGUCGUUCGAGAACGAUCGACCACCGCUGAGGCACGAUCUUUUAGAUGGAUUGGAUUCGUCGCGGGACGACAUCGACUCCGUGUCGGAAUGGUACCGGACGCCGCGUAUUCCCGAGGAGCCCGACUGCUGUGAUAUCAUUUCCAGGGACUUUAUGAAUAAAGAGGUGUGUGCGUGUGUGGGUGAGCGCAGCGCGUCCGCGUCGCAGUCCGCGCGUGCGUCGCGCACGUCUUCGCUGUGCGCGUCGUCGGGCUCGGUGGACGAGGGCUACCUGGCCAUGGCGCCGGCGCACGCGCGCGAUAUGCGCGACCAGCGCGAGCCCGCCUCCGCCUCCAGCGGCUCCGUCUGCAGCGGCACCCCUUCCACCGACCCGCGCUUCAGCGAGUACCAGCUGGAGCCGGCGACGGCGCACAUCGCGGAGGAGCGGUCGGCGCGAGCGUACAGCGUGGGUUCGCGGCCGGCGGGGGCGGGCGGCGCGGGCGGGGCGGGCGGCGCGCGCGAGCCGGGCCGCCUGCGCGCCUACAGCGCGGGCGCGCGCCGCCGCCCAACGGCCGCCACGCCCGCGCCCGCGCACUCGCACACGCCGCGGCCCUCCGCCGGUGACUUCCUCGAGCUCGACUUCUCCGCCAACUCACCCGCGCCCAAGAGGCGUGCACACUCUAUUCCCGAGGGUGCCGAAAGGCAAUAUAUUGCUGAAACAAUUGCUCCAAGAGAGAUACCCGAGGGUGGUUUAAUAUGUUUUGCUUGUUGGGUACAUACUCGGCGUACAAUACAACAACAAGGAAUCAUAGCAGCUCCUGCUGUUAUGAAUAUGAAUGCAUGUGUAUGGUGCCGACGGUCUCUUGCCCAAACACGCAGCCACUCCAUACCUGAAGGACCUGAACGGACCAUAAUAACACAAACGAUAUAUCCAAGAGAGAUUCCACCAGGAGGACUGGUUUGCUAUGCUUGUUGGGUAGCAGCACGUAGAAAUGUGGAGCAUGCUACAAGGGUUGAGGAUAACCGGCAAGGCCCAUCUAAUCUUCACCAAGACUCUAUGUGUGCAUGGUGUAGAAUGUCGCUACACCGAAGGCGAACACAUGUGGCUAGUGGUCCUGUGAGAGAUGAAGUUGCAGCAAGAAUUUACCCCAAUGAGUUACCAGAACAUGCGCUACUUUGUUCCAACUGCUGGACACGUGCACACGAAAAUAUAGAAAUGGAGCAAGAAGUUGUGCAAUUUGAUAUCCAGCCACCAAGUGCAUCAAUAACACUUGAUGGUUUUACACACACAACACAGACAAGUACUCAUUGUUUUGUGCCGGCCUGUAACAAUGUAGAACGAAAUAGAGUGCCGGAAUACUUAAGAAGAAUUAUAUUAAAAUCGGAAAAAAUAUUUGUGACAGAAAAUGCAAGAGUGAUCGUGCCACGAACACCGCCUACGAUCGGAUUCAUGGAGUCGAAAAGAAAUACCGAUGAAUACGUCGAUAUGUCACCUCGAAACGCCGGCUACGUGGAGAUGAGGCCGGGAGAGCCGCCUGCGUUGCAACCACCCGCCUCCAACACGAGCACACCUGACGGCUACGUGGAGAUGAGCUACGGCCGGCCCGCUUCGACCCCUUCAGAGUCUCACGAAACGUCCUCACAAAUGUCCCAAAAUAUUCAAAAUUCACACUCACACAGUUCCCAAAACCAUGUACAAAACUCCCAAAACUCACACAGUUCCCACAACUCUCACAGUUCCCACAACUCUCACAGCUCCCAUAACUCCCAUAACUCCCACAGUUCACAAAACUCCCAUCACGCGUUGUCGACGGUUCGGGAGAUAUCAGAAGAUGGAAGGCGAAGCCCGGAUUCUUCACAGUACGUGACGUUGACACAGUCUCCCUCGCCAGAACAGAGGGACGAAGGAAAGUUAAAAGCGAUCGACACGCCUGACAUUAAAGAGGCGAACAGCACGGUGGCGGGAAGCCCGGGGGGUGCGUUACAUUACGCGGCGUUGGACUUGGAACCACGACGCGCUCCAGCGGUUCCCGCGCCAAGACUCUACACCCAGAUCGACUUCUUACGCAGCGAGCAACUUCACCCGCAUGCCACCUAG